AUGACUUAUUUUAUGUCCUUGUUAUUAAUAGCUUUAGUUGUGGGCUUAGUUGCUGUUGCUUCUAACCCUACGCCUUAUUUUGCUGCAUUGGGCUUGGUAGUUGCGGCUGGGGUUGGGUGUGGGGUUUUGGUGGGCCAUGGGGGUUCUUUCCUAUCAUUAGUUCUUUUUCUAAUUUAUUUAGGAGGAAUGCUCGUGGUUUUUGCCUAUUCGGCAGCUUUGGCUGCUGAGCCCUUCCCGGAAGCUUGAGGCAGUCGUUCUGUGUUGGGCUAUGUUUUAGUUUACUUACUGGGGGUGGCUUUGAUGGCGGGGUUGUUUUGAGGGGGUUGGUAUGAGGGUUCAUGGGUGGUCGUAGACGGGUUAAAAGAGUUUUCUGUUCUGCGUGGCGAUGUCAGUGGUGUGGCUGUGAUGUAUUCGUUUGGUGGGGGUAUGUUAGUUAUCUGUGCUUGGGUAUUACUUUUAACCCUGCUUGUUGUGUUGGAGCUUACUCGUGGUUUGAGUCGUGGGACUUUGCGUGCGGUUUAA